AUGCAGCCUCCACGUGAAAAUUGGACAUUGGUAACAGAAUUUGUCUUGGUAAGCUUCACAGGCAUCCAGGAGGCAUGGUUGCCUCUCUUUGUCUUCUUCCUAAUCAUGUACUUGCUAACCCUGAUGGAAAAUGGCAUCCUGGUCUUAGUGGUGGCAACAGAAAAGCGCUUACACACCCCCAUGUACUUUUUUCUCAUCCAUCUCUCCUUCUUGGACAUUUGGUAUACCUCUCUCACUGUGCCCAAAAUGCUGGCUGGGUUUGGAUACCCAGCAGGUCAGAAGAUCUCUUACUCUGCCUGCUUGACUCAACUUUACCUCUUCACUUUCUUGGGCAGUACAGAAUGCUUCUUGCUGGCAACCAUGGCCUAUGACCGCUAUGUGGCUAUUUGUAUCCCUCUGCGGUAUCAUGAGAUUGUAGACCGAAACACCUGUCUGGUUCUGGCAAUUGGCUCGUGGUUAACUGGUUUUCUUACCCCAGUGCUGCCUGUUUAUUUCAUGUCACAGUUGGUAUUUUGUGGUCCCAAUGUGAUAGAUCACUUCUUCUGUGAUGCUUCACCACUCCUUAUUCUCUCCUGCACUGACAUUUCACUGAAGGAAUCAGUAGACUUCUUGGUCUCUCUUUUGGUAUUGUUGAUCUCCUCUUUGGUUAUUUUAAUAUCAUAUGUUCAUAUUAUCAUUACAGUGCUCAGAAUUAACUCGUUGGCUGGACGGCAACGAGCUUUUUCAACGUGUACUGCCCACUUAAUGGUAGUGGCUGUUUUUUAUGGGACACUCUUCUUUAUGUAUGUCCGUAUCAAAGUUACCUCCUCAAUCAACCUCAACAAGGUGGUGUCAGUCUUUUAUGCAAUAGUCACACCUGUCCUUAACCCUCUAAUCUACAGUUUAAGGAAUACAGAUGUGAAGACUGCUUUCUGUAGAAUUAUUUCCAAGAAAAAGCCUCUUGUAAUGUGA